AUGCCAAAGAUCCUGCCCCUCUCGGAUCCGUGCCUCUCGGACGUGCGGUUGGAGAAUGGUAAUAAUUCGCUCUCCGGGGUCGCCAGUGGACCGCAAGAGGUAGCUCUGCGGAUCGAGAAGCAGAAGCAGCGCACCGAAUCCGGCAUUCGUUCUGGUGGAAGAUUAGAUAAAAAGCGAUGUUCGGUCGGGGCCCUGUUUGCCGGCGAGAGCCAAAGCAAAGCCCUGAAGCUGCAGAAGUUUCACUACCCCCGGGUGGAGAUUGGCCCAGAGAACCCACUGAGCGUGGAGCGCGACCAGACGGCCAAGCUGGAGUGCAACAUCGACGCCAAGCCGAAACCGGAAACGGUCAAGUGGACGCGCAAUGGGCGUUUCAUCUCGUCGCACCCGACCCACACCAUCCACCGGGUGUCGCUGCAGGACGCGGGCCGCUACACCUGCUCGGCCGACAACGGGCUGGGCAAGGUGGGUGAACAGGAAAUCACGCUCAACGUCCUGUACCCACCGAUCGUGCAGAUCGAAACGAAGGCAAAAACUGCGGAGGAGAAGGAAACGGUGCACAUCAAGUGCAACGUGACGUCCAACCCGCCGCCGGUGACGAUCGAGUGGCUGAAGGAGGGCGACAUCGACUUCCGGCGACGCGGGCACGUACGUGUGCCGGGGCAUUAA